AAUGUUUUUUUUUCUACUGCAACUGCGUUUGUAUGGUGAUUUGAUAAAUCUUUUGUUAUCUUUUAAACUACCUUGAGUAUUAUAAAAAUUCAUUGCAUUAAUAUUUCCAAAUAAAAAAAGAAAAAUAUUCUAAUUCAGAGAAGAGAAAUAGAAAUGAAAUCCAAUGAACAGUUUCAUCCUUCCAGAAUUUGGUUAAAUUAAAAGGUUUUGUUUGAAAUUUGUUUUUUUUUUUAGUUUUUUAAUAAUUAGUAUUAACGAGAGAAAAUAUAAUAAAUCAACUUGUAAAGAUGAUGUCCAGUUCGGGCCAUGUCAUGACACUGGCCAAUAGUAUUAUUGGUGUCGGAAUUCUUGCUAUGCCUUUUUGUUUUCAAAAAUGCGGUAUAAUACUUUCCAUAGUCUUACUCAUCCUAAAUAACCUAAUUACAAGAAUUUCUUGCCACUAUCUUAUCAAAUCGUCGUUAUUAACACGACGAAAAAGUUUCGAGUUUUUGGGUUUCCAUGCUUUCGGUUCAUCCGGGAAACUUUUAGUUGAGCUCUGUAUAAUUGGUUAUCUUAUUGGAUCAUGUAUAACUUAUUUUGUUGUUGUUGGCGAUGUUGGUCCACAAAUUGUUGGCAAAAUAUUCAAUUUGAAUCAAACUGAUGGCCUGCGAACAUGGGUUAUGGUUUUGGUGACACUCUUUUGUAUUCUUCCUUUGGGAAUGCUGAAGAAUAUUGACAGUUUAUCGGCUGUUUGCACAGCUUCAAUUGGUUUUUACUUUUGUUUGAUGGUAAAGAUUAUUUUAGAGUCAGAGAGGCAUAUUCUAGCCAAUGAUUGGGAAAAUAAGAUUGUUUAUUGGGAACCGGCUGGUGUGUUGCAGUGUCUGCCGAUCUUCAGUAUGGCAUUAUCUUGUCAAAUGCAAUUGUUUGAAGUGCUUGAAAGUGUCAACAACCAAAGCUUAGAGAAACUAAAUGAAAUCAUCAAAGAGGCAACUUGGAUGUGUACUUUGGUUUACAUUGCAGUUGGAUUUUUUGGAUACAUUGCUUUUUGUACUCAAACAUUUUCGGGUAACAUCCUGAUAAACUUCACACCAUCAUUUGGCAGUGAUGUGAUAAAGAUAGGGUUCGUUCUAUCCGUGGCGUUUAGCUUCCCUCUCGUGAUAUUUCCCUGCCGAGCUAGUAUUUACUCCCUCCUAUACAGAAGAGGUCAUGCCGACACAACCGGAUAUAUACCUGAAACACGAUUCAAAACAAUUACAGCAUUCAUUGUUGUAGGAUCGCUUUGUAUUGCAUUGUUGAUUCCAUCAAUAGAACUGGUAAUAGGACUCGUUGGGUCCACAAUAGGCGUUGCAAUUUGCAUUAUAUUCCCUGCGGCUUGCUUUCGAAAAAUCUCCAAAAAAGAUUCCACCGAAAGAACUCUCGGUCAAGCGUUAAUUGUUGGAGGCUGUUGUUUAAUGAUUUUGGGGACAUAUGCUAACUUAAGUGCUAUCGAUGAGCAGCGUUCUGGUGCAAUUCAUAUAAUUACCGAGACUCCCACCAAAGCUGUGACACCGCUGAUAUUAUUUGAAAAUAAAUUCGAAAAGCCAGUCAAAGAAGUUGUUAAAGAUAUUCCUUUGCAAAAUGUAUCUUUGGAUAUCAAUUUACUUCCAGUUGAUUCUAAGCCUCAAGAGAAGCCUCCAGAGCCAGUUGAGCCGAAGGCAAAAAAAAGUCCACCCUUGCCGGUGGAUGAAGUAGAACCACCAAUAGAAAUUAAACCAACGGAAAAGAUUCUUCUCGAAAAGAAGAUAUUGCCUGAACCAACGCCGUUGGUUGCAAAGCCUCCUCCAGUUGUAUCUGAAAUUCCAUCGAAUUCCAAUGGAAUUGCUAACGAAGCAAUCAAAAAUGAAGAAAAGAUUGCUGCCGAGGAACAACAGCAAAAAGAAGGCGAAAACAAGGAAAAUCUUGUAAAAGCUCAAAAUGAGUUGAUUAAGACAAAAGAACUCCUUGAACGCAAGGUCGAUGAGCUUAAAGAAGAACUCGCCAAGCAAAAUAAAAUGACCCAAGACUUGGUAGUGGAAAAACUGGGUGAAGUUGUUGAAAAAGUUGAAGAAAUCGAAAGACAAGUGCAUGAGGAGAGUAAAAAGGAAGAAGAUCAAAAGCCAGUAGAAGUUCCACAAAUUCCGCUUCCUAAGGCUUCAGUUCUUGGAAUUCUUACCGAGAACAAUUAUUAUAAAGGAAAUGCCACCAAAGAAGUGGUGAAAAAGCCUAUCGUGGAACCCAUGCCUCAGGUAGUUGAUGAAGUUGCGGUUAAGCCUCCUGACGUUGUUGUACAGGAUGCACGAGUCCCAUUACCUCUACCAUUGCUGAUUAAUGCAUCACAAAGCGAUGUUAAGAAUGUUGUUGCAGAUAAAAAGCAUCCCGAUAAUGUUGUACCAGUUGAUUCAGACAAAAAAGUCGAAGAAUUUUCUAAGAAUUCAGAAUCUGUAAAAACAUUAGAAGGUAACAUCGUGAACGUCCUUAAGAGCAAACUUCCCGUAGAUGAAGUUGAAUCCAUUGUGAAAGAAGCAAAUAAUUCUGCAGUUUUGAAGCCUCCAUCACCAGUUAAAGAGGAAGAAAAGGAAAACAUUGAAGCUAUUCGUCGAGAUAUUCUUGAAGUUCAAAAAGAUCAAUCGGAAUCAAUUACAACUGUAAAGGCUUCUCGUGAAAAGAGAAGUGCGGCGUCUGAAAUUAAUAUUGCUGACAUAGAAGCCAAGCUACAACAAGAGAAUUGUCUGAGUGAAGUUAAAGAAGAAACACUUCUCGCUCACAGUGGAUUGGAAAUGAAAAUACAAGGAAUAGGACGUGAUUUAAAGUCAGCCAAAGAUGAUGAUUAGUUGUAAUGUUGAUUUUGUUUUUCCUUUUUUAAGAAGCUAACCAAAAGAUUUUUUUUCUCUUUUUUA